UGUGUUGUCUUUUAUAGCCCGUUGACUUUCCCAUACAAUGGAGUUUUCUUUGUGUUAAAAGGGUUGCGAGUAACAGGCGCCAAGUCUGGUUCGAGUCCAUGUUUGGGUGUUUGGAUGCCGUCCUUGAGACAAAGAAGAGACAAGGCGCUGAACACUGCCACUUGAUGUAGAACUCUUUAGAAUGACUCCCUGGGCCUUCGCGAAGACUUCACAAUUCCCCAUCCUUUCCUGUCGACUGUUUAUGACCGACACUCGUUCGUUUUGCCAGCCGUGCUGCGCGUCACUCGCUUGAUAUUGAUAUUCAGUCUUUUAGUCUUUCAGUCUUUCUUACAGAUCACUUUUUUUAAGACUUGUGGUCAGGAAUCACCGCCAUGGUCGAUUUAGGCGUCCGCGAGAGUGAUUCCUGCCCCCAAAAUAAACAGUGGUAUGUCUGUGCUAAGGGAGGGUAUAGUGGAUGCUGCUCGGUCGAUCCCUGCACUUUGGGAUUUUGUGCGGACGAUAGCAGCAGCAGCAGCAGCAGCAGUGGUGGUGGUGGUGGUGGUGGCAGCAGCGAUACUACAGCCAGCAGGACAACCUCGACCUCUUCAACAUCAACAACUACCUCCACGUCAAGCACGUCAAGCACCACCACCAUUCUUCCAACUACUUCAGAUGCGACGACUGCUCCCACCACCACCACAGCAACCCCGUCCCGAACUACUGAUACCAGUCUCAGUACUAGUACCUCAUCCCCGACAGCCACACCCACAUAUCCGUCCCACCAACCCGCCUACGGGCUCAACAAAGCCCUCAUCGCCGGGGGCGUUGUCGGCGGCAUCCUCGCCCUUGUUAUCCUCGCCGCUCUACUCCUCUACUCGAUCCACCGCUCCCGCAAACGCCGCCGCGGCCAGUUCAAACUUCUGCAUUGGCGACAUGGUCAUCGGGGGAGUAUCAUCUCCAUGUCCAUCUCCAGCAAAGGGCGUGGAUUGGACGCGGUGGCUGAUACCAAGAUGCUUGAGAAGACGAAGAGGUUUUCUGCUGGUAAGAUGCGCUGGCUCUUCGAGUUAUGCAUGAAGAGAGGGUCUUACACGGAGUGCGCUACAGGUGAUUUGCAAGCUCGACCUCAAUCUCGACCUCCGCCUCAACCACAACCCCAACCACGAUCUCUACCACAACCUCAAUCACAGCCUCAACCACACACCGCGGCGGCUGCGACUGCUGCUACAACUAUCGCAACAACCACCACAACCCCACCCCGCCGCCACCAUCCUUAUCCUCAUCCCCCACCCCCAGGAACAACCUCCCCCCCAACCUCCACUCCAUGGGAAGUCUCCCCGCUCAACGAGCGGGACCGCCAGCUGGCAAGGACGCGCCCCGGUCACGAAGGAGUGAGUCCGUUGACUUCGCCGGAGUCGACGCCUUCGAGAGGGCAGCGCACGCCGCAUCCUCUCCACGCGCUUCCGCCGCCGAAGUUCCAGCUUAAGGUGUCUCCGCCCCCGAGCAAGGAGGAGACAGACACGCAGAGAGGAGGUGUGAGUGUCGGUGCCAAUGCCGAUGUUCGGGUGACGGAGGAGGGAGGAAGGGCUGCGGCUGCGGCUGCUGCGGCUGAGUUGUCGGAUACGGGGUUCUAUCGCCAGAGGGCGGAGUUGCCUGCACGGAUGGAGAGGGAGUUGAUUAAUGUUCCCGGGUGGUGGAGGCGGGGGAUAGAUGAAGCGGGAGGGACCGGUGGGCGAGGAGACAAGGAGAGUGAGGCGAGGGAGGUGAUUGUUACAGCUGAUGGGGCGGUGAUGGUGGCUAAUAUUCAGACGGUGGGGGGAGAUGAGAUGUUUGAUUGAAGGUUUUUCGGUGCUGGUUUGGCUUAGGGCUGGGAUAUAUACAACUCCAUGGUACUUAUACUUGAUGUUUACUUAGCCGGGUCUUGCUUGAUGUUGUUCGCUGUCGUUAGAUGUUUGGUUACUACU